AUGAAAACAACAAUCGCUCCCACCAGCGACCGCCCUGCUUCCACCCUUGCGUCCCCCAACGCAUGCCCCAAGUCCCUCAAGAACACUAUCAGCAUCGCCGCCGCCGCCACCAGAGCAGCGCAGCCCACAACACACCCCACUCACCAGAACCCCAGAAUGAACACGACAAUUGCCCCCACCAGCGGCCGCCCUGCUUCAAUCCUCGCAUCUCCCAGAUCGCCGCCACCACCACCAGAGCGGAGCAACGCACAUCCCAUCCCAUCAGCAGCAGAGCAGAGCAGCGCACAUCAUCCCAUCCCAUCAGCAGCAGAGCAGAGCAGCGCACAUCCCAUCCCAUCAGCAGCAGAGCAGAGCAGCGCACAUCCCAUCCCAUCAGCACCAGAGCAGAGCAACGCACAACCCAUCCCAUCAGCAGCAGAGCAGAGCAGCGCACAUCCCAUCCCAUCAGCACCAGAGCAGAGCAACGCACAACCCAUCCCAUCAGCAGCAGAGCAGAGCAGCGCACAUCCCAUCCCAUCAGCAGCAGAGCAGAGCAGCGCACAUUUUAUCCCAUCAGCAGCAGAGCAGAGCAGCGCACAUCCCAUCCCAUCAGCAGCAGAGCAGAGCAGCGCACAUUUUAUCAGCACCAGAACUUCUAUGCAUUCUCCCACUCACCAGAACCCGAGAAUGAACACGACGAUUGCCCCCACCAGCGGCCACCCUUCUUCCACCCUCACAUCCCCCAACGCGUGCCCCAAGUCCCUCGAGAACGCAAUCAGCAUCGCCGCCACCGCCACCACAGCAGAGCACAUCUCAUUGGUCUCUUGCAGUUAG